AUGUGUGGCGCCCGGUAUUACACGUAUUUUUACAAAUACAUCUACAUUCGGAAUCGUCCUGUGUCUCCUGAUGCGCGGACAGCGGAGAGGGCAGUCCUGACGCAAACUUGGUCCCUUAUGGUGCUUCAGCCUGGAGACUUCAACCCGUUCCUGCCUGCCGACUGGCAGAUCCGCGACGACUUGGACUUCUUCAGCACCGUCAAUCCAAACACGAGUACAGCGCACGCAAUGGGGCCCCCCUCGACCGCGUCGAACUCCGAUCGGCGCGCGCUCUGCGAUGGCCGUGUGAAGAGCUGA